UACACGGACACGUGGACAAUUGAAAUCCAGAUAUUCACAUCGUCGACAUUCACGUUGUCCCAACUCCGUAACUUCCAACCCCACGAAGAAAUCCAAAGGACGCGCGGCAGACACCACUGCCAAAGCGAUGUUGACACGUAGCCAUCAUCUGGACGCGCCUCCCUCAACCUUUUCCCCACCGUCAACUGCUUUAGCGACACCAACUCAGUUCAAAACAUUCCAGAUUUGGCUCAAGUACCAACUGCCAGAUUCUUCUAUCCCACCAAACCCUAGCCCGAAAUCCCCAACAUUCCUCGAUCCCCCAUCAUGCCACAUCCUCCCCUCAAGGCUGUGACUCUCACACACGUCCGCUACCAGAGAGGCGACCGCUUCGGUCAUUUCCUCGCAUGGGUCUCACUCGUCCCCGUCUUCAUCAGCCUUGGCGGCUUCGUCUCUCAUUUCAUCUUUCGCCGAGAGCUUCAGGGCAUGUGCUUCGCUCUGGGUUUACUGAUUUCCCAAUUCAUCAACGAAGUCAUUAAGAAAUCGGUCCAGCAAGCGCGGCCGGAGACGUGUGCGUUGCUCGAGAUGUGCGAUUCGCACGGAUGGCCAUCCAGUCACUCACAAUACAUGUUUUUCUUUGCGGUGUAUUUCACUCUGUUGAGCUAUAAGGGGAUUGUGCUUCUUACUGGGAAAUACAGAUGGAUUGCGAGUUUCGCUUGGUGGUUACUGGCCGUGCUGACUAUGUAUUCUAGAGUUUAUUUGGGGUACCACACUGUGGCUCAGGUGUUUGCUGGGGCCACUUUGGGGAUUAUUCUUGGGGCGGUGUGGUUUUGGGUGGUGAAUUCCGUGCUUUUUCGUUACUUUCCGGUCAUUGAAGAAAGCGAAUUUGGCAGGUGGUUUUAUAUAAAGGAUACUUCUCACAUACAUAAUGUGUUGGAGUUUGAAUAUGAAAAGGCGAGAGCUGCUCGGAAAGAUAUGAAUUGCAAAAGUGAUUGAUCCAUUGAUCGGCGGAGGAUCUUUUGGCAGGUAAAAUAAUCCAGGAUUUUUUGUCUUGGCAUCUACAAGAAGACACCGGUACGCUAAAUGACUGCUGCUAUUGUUUGAAUCAUUUCCUUAAGAAAAAGCAUUGGGAAGCCGGCAGCUGGAGCAGAAAAGUAGCUACUGAUUUAUUUUGGGCACAUAUUGAGAUACUUGCAGAUGAUGUGUAGUAUUGGAAGAACGGUUCUUGGUAGAGAAACAUGAUUCUAUCAUGGUCUAUGAAUUUGAGGGCUGAGAACCAUGGUUCUCUUUUGAAACCUGGGGAGAUUUGAGAACGUAUAGAUUACUUUUCAAGAAAGCAUAUUCUAAAUUAAA